AACAAGCGUGCACGGAUAACAGUCCAUCACUCUGUGUCCUCUUUAAAGAUUGGUUAUUAAACCCUAUUGUGCAUUUUUAUUACAUUUUAUUCACCCAUUUUUGGGGCUAUUUGCUAAUUGGAAGUCAUGGCCAGCUCGGGGCUCCAGAUUUUGGGGUUUUUACUCGCACUAUUGGGUCUGUCUGCCACCAUCGCCGCUACUUUUAUGGUUCAAUGGAAAAAACAGUCUCAAGGAAAAACACACAAGAUUUACGACGGUCUGUGGAUGAGCUGCAGUGGAUACGAGAGAACGACGUGCGAGUUUUACGAAUCCAUCUUCAAACUCUCGGCGGAGAUCCAGGCCACCAGAGCAGUGAUGAUGCUCAGUAUCUUCCUGUCUGCAGUGGGGCUCCUGGUAUCCACUUUGGGGAUGAAAUGCACUCGGUUUAUGGAGAGCAAGAAUGAGACAAAGGCCCACACUGCUAUGACCGGAGGAAUCAUCUUCAUCAUUGCAGGUCUUCUGUCACUCAUCAUCACCUCCUGGUAUGUCAGCCAGAUUGUUCACUCUUAUAAAGCGGCCCAUCGUCUUCAAAGUGUUGAAUUUGGGAAGGCUGUUUUUGUCAGCUGGGCAGGUAGCCUCCUCAGUAUUUUGGGUGGAGUGUUUCUGUGUUAUCGCAGGUGUUCACACAGAUCUGAGUCAUUUACAGCAAAUCACCUACUUCCCACAAGUCAUCCAAAAUCUAAUUAUGUCUAAAAUCAACACAGAAAGUAGUGGUAGCUUUUUUUUUGUUUUUUGUUAUUUUGUUAUUUGGACUUUUGAGUGAAUGCAUGAGACGAGCUAUGGUAAAUAUUUGAGUUUUUACACUUGCACAGUGUUGAAUUCAAUCCAUUUAUUGUCAUGUUGUAAAGAAGUGAAAAUGUGAUAUGCAUUCACCCAAUGCAAAUGUGAUAUGGAUUCAGUACUGGCAUAUGCUGUUUAUAGUUUAGGAAAAUGCCUCGAUCUUGUGUAAAUAUAUAUUCAAUUGAUAAUUGUUAGAUCAUUUAUAUAUGUCAUAUUGCUAUAAUAAACGUUUUCUUUGAC